GGCCGCUCUAGCCGCCCUUCUCGCCUGCUCUGCUGGGAGGCGGGCACAGCCGCGGGGGUCCCUCCAAGAUGGCGGCGCAGAGGAGGAGCCUGCUGCAGAGUGAGCAGCAGCCAAGCUGGACAGAUGACCUGCCGCUCUGCCACCUCUCUGGGGUUGGGUCAGCCUCCAACCGCAGCUACUCCGCUGAUGGCAAGGGCACUGAGAGCCACCCGCCGGAGGACAGCUGGCUCAAGUUCAGGAGUGAGAACAACUGCUUCCUGUACGGGGUCUUCAAUGGCUAUGACGGCAACCGGGUGACCAGCUUCGUGGCCCAGCGGCUGUCCGCGGAACUCCUGCUGGGCCAGCUCAGCGCGGAGCACACCGAGGCGGACGUGCGGCGCGUGCUGCUGCAGGCCUUCGAUGUGGUGGAGAGGAGCUUCCUGGAGUCCAUCGAUGAUGCGUUGGCCGAGAAGGCGAGCCUCCAGUCCCAGCUGCCGGAGGGUGUCCCUCAGCACCAGCUGCUUCCUCAGUACCAGAAGAUCCUUGAGAGACUCAAGGCCCUGGAGAGGGAGGUUUCCGGAGGAGCCAUGGCCGUCGUGGCGGUCCUUCUCAACAACAAGCUCUAUGUCGCCAAUGUCGGUACGAACCGCGCCCUCUUAUGCAAAUCCACGGUGGACGGGCUGCAGGUGACCCAGCUGAACCUGGACCACACCACGGAGAACGAGGACGAGCUCUUCCGCCUCUCUCAGCUGGGUUUGGAUGCAGGAAAGAUCAAGCAAGUGGGGGUCAUCUGCGGGCAGGAGAGCACCAGGCGCAUCGGGGAUUACAAGGUCAAGUAUGGCUACACUGACGUCGACCUACUGAGCGCCGCCAAGUCCAAGCCCAUCAUCGCGGAGCCCGAGAUCCACGGCGCACAGCCCCUGGAGGGGGUGACCGGCUUCCUGGUGCUGAUGUCCGAGGGGCUGUACAAGGCCCUGGAGGCAGCCCAUGGGCCUGGGCAGGCCAACCAGGAGAUCGCCGCCAUGAUCGACACCGAGUUCGCCAAGCAGACGUCCCUGGACGCAGUGGCCCAGGCCGUGGUGGACCGGGUGAGGCGCAUCCACCGGGACACGUUCGCCAGCGGCGGCGAGCGGGCCAAGUUCUGCCCCGGGCACGAGGACAUGACCCUGUUGGUGAGGAACUUCGGCUACCCGCUGGGGGAGAUGAGCCAGCCCGCCUCGUCCCCGGCGCCAGCUGUAGGAGGACGUGUGUGCCCUGUGUCCGUGCCGUACUCCAGCGCCCAGAGCACCAGCAAGACCAGCGUGACCCUCUCCCUCGUCAUGCCCUCCCAGGGCCAGCUGGUCAACGGGGCCCACAGCGCCUCCACCCUGGACGAGGCCACCCCCACCCUCACCAACCAGAGCCCGACCCUGACCCUGCAGUCCACCAACACGCACACCCAGAGCAGCAGCUCGAGCUCGGACGGGGGCCUCUUCCGCUCCCGGCCUGCCCACUCGCUCCCGCCUGGUGAGGAUGGCCGCGUCGAGCCCUAUGUGGACUUUGCCGAGUUUUACCGCCUCUGGAGCGUGGACCAUGGCGAGCAGAACGUGAUGACAGCACCGUAGCCCUGACUGGGGAAUGGGGCCCGAGCAGGACCUUGCAUGGGGGCCUGGGGGCCCAGCUCUGGGGGCAGGGGGUCCUAGCUCUGGGGGCAGGAUGGUCCCUUUCCUGCCACUUGCCUAUGCCGUGGGGGCCAGUGAGCGCCUGGUCCUGAGCGUGCACCAGACUCUCAGCCCACAGUACUUGGUGCUGCGGAGAACAUUCUCUCUGGGAGCACCAGUGCCGAUUUGUCACCGUGCAGGGGCCCGGAGGCCACUCCCUCCGGCAUGCUUAGCCAGGACCGUGGCGGCCUCAGAACCACGGCUGGGUGCAGGAGCCGCGCUGGCCAGUGAGCCUGCCACUUGGGGCGGGGUGUGGGGAGUUCCCCGUGACCCUGCACGCCACGAGCCCGGUGGCCACCGCCUCCUCAAGGUCACCACCUCCCCUGGAAGAGCCAGUGGCCGCUGCGAGUGCCCCCUCACCCCUGGGCGGCGGUUCCCCCCUUUCUUCUUCAGCCUCCGGCACGGGACCCUGGUUGGCGUCCGCACCCUCCGAGCCCGCCCCCAUCCCUGGGCCUGCCCAGGGGGUUCUCAGUGGCGAAUGUUCCCGGAGACCACGGGAAGUGUCUGGAGCCUGGGGUGGCUGCACAGGGCAAGUCAAGUGGAAAGGAGCAAGAGGGAACUGAUCCAAAGGUGCGCUGCUCCUGGAGCCCCCGAGGGCAGGCUGGGCAGGGCAGGGCUUCCGGAUACGCCUGGACCGAGGGGGACAGGGGCUGCUCUUGUCGGAGGCCCUGAAUCGGGGUGAGCUGGCCCUGCUUUGUCUUUCCCCUACCGAUGCCGAGGAAGGCCCCAGGCUGGGGAGCUGCUGAAAUGUGCCAUCUUUACCACUGAUGACGAGUCUCUCCGGCUGGGAGGAGAAAACGGGUCAAGAGUCAGGCCUGGGGGCUCAUCUGAAAGAACAGCAGGAAACCCGUCCAGAAGGGAAGAGGUUUUGGAUACAAGCUGCCAUGGGUGACGUAGGGCUUCAGAGACACGCACCACUUUUAUGGACACUGAGGGACAGGCUCUGAGACCGUGUCACACGUGUCCUCUACUGUCAGUGGGCGGAGGCCGCCGCCAGGGCUGUGGGCCUGGAAGGCCACUCCCCCCCGUGGAAGAGGAGGCAGGAGGCUCGCCGCUCACCUGAUUCCCACAGUCGGUGAUGGAGCAGCACGGAGAUCUUUUCACCGGCCUCUGAGGGCCCCCCAGACCCCUCUGCCCCUCCCCAGCUCCCAGGCUCCUGGCCCACGAUGCCACAGACACAGCUCACCCGGGAGCGGCCACCGCGUGCAGCAUCCGGGGGGUCAGGGGCUAGUGCCAGGGCCUUGCUCACUCUACGGGGCGCUCAGCCGCAGGGACCGUGUGCUGCACUCGGGCAGGAGGCAGUUUCCAAGGGGGCCGUGCCCAACGGGGCCGUGCCUGAGGGGGCCCAGCGCCUCUCGGCGGGGACGCUGAGCCAAAGCCGUCUCUGUUCCGCAGGGGAGCAGGUUCAAGGUCUGGCACGAGGGCUUGCGAACAGAGAGCGUUCUUUUCUUGUCAGGCUUCUCAGAACGUCUCUGUGAUGCUGAUUGGUCUCUAGAAAUAGAAUCACUUUUUUACUGCAUUAAAGGAAGAGGAACUGGUGGUCUUA